AUGCACGUCUACCUUCAGGACGCCCCUCGCGUCAUCGCCUUAGUCGCACAUGGUCCUCAAUCCAGCCCUAGCGGCGGCGGCGGCGGUGGCACCACUACGGCCAUCCUCGUCUCGUCUCAGGCAUCCGCCCUCACGCCUGCCUCGUCAGCCCAUCCCUCUUCCGAUUUCGACGCCGGCGCACCACCUUCGUCGUCGUCGUCGUCGUCGUCGGCCUCCCGCGCCGUCGUCGAAGUGGUCAAGGAUCGCGACCUGGACGGCUUCGCACUGCAGAAGCUCACCUCGCGCCCCAUUGCCGGCUGCCUCGGCCUCAUCAAUGUCGGCCCUGACCUCUUUGUCGCCGUCGUCACCUCUGCCGUCGACGUCGGCUCCAUACGCCCCGGGGAGGCCGUGAUGCGCAUCACAUCGGUCGCCUUCUUCUGCGUCAACCGCUCCACCUGGGACGACACCAUCAUCUCCGAGAGCCACCCGCAGGCCGGCCUCGACCCCUACGACGCCAUCGGCCCACCCAACGACGCCGCCGUCACCCAGCCCAGCGUGUACGAGCACCCCUGCGCCAGCCUCAAGAAGCUCCUCGGCACGGGCACCUUCUACUUUGCAAAGGGCGGCGCCUUUGACAUCUCCACCCGCCUCGACCAGAGGCUGCGCCACGCCGCUCCCCGCAACCCUCGGGUGCGCCCGCAGCAGCAGCAGCAGCAGCAGCACGACAUCUCGCGCUACGACGGCCGCUUCGUGUGGAACAGCUACAUGAUCCAGCCGCUCAUCGACUUUCGACAUCGCCUCGAGGCCCCCGACCGCGCCAGGCUCGAUGCCCACAGCUUCCUCCUCCUUGCAAUACAGGGCUUCGUCGGCGUAUACGACAUGGCCGGCGCAGCUCCCUCCGGCCCGCCCUCGGCCAUCCCCUCGUCGACGACGUCUUCGUCGUCGUCGUCCCUGUUGCCAGCGACAGGCGCGCAACGGCAACGCGCCACCUGCUCCCUCGCCGUCAUCAGCCGCCUCAGCUGGAAGCGCGCCGGGACGCGCUUCAACACGCGCGGCGUCGACGACGACGGCAACGUUGCCAACUUUGUCGAGUCCGAGACCCUCUUCAGCACCGACGACGCCGUCUUCAGCUACGACCAGGUGCGCGGCUCGGUGCCGCUCUUCUGGGAGCAGCAGGGCCUGCAGGCCUUCAACGCCCGCAUCCAGGUCACCCGCUCCCGCGUCGCAUCCCAGCCCGCCUUUGACCGCCACUUUGCCGACCUCAUCUCGCACUACUCGCAGGUGCACGCCGUCAACCUGCUGGGCACGCGCGACGCCGAGACGGUGCUCAGCGCCGCCUACGCCGAGCACAUCCGCCACAGCUCGGCCGAGUCGCUGGCGGUGCUGCCCGCCGACGAGGGCGUGCCGAGCGGUGGCCAGGGCGCGAAAGGCGAAGGCUACAGCGGCGGCGGCGGCGGCGGCGGUGACGACGAGGACGAGGACGACAACCAGCGCUACUCCACCGACGACGGCAACGGCGACGACAUCGGAGAGCGGAUCGGCCUCACUAACUUCGACUUCCACACCGUCUCGCGGACGACGGGCGGCCUGGACGGUGUGCGCAGCGAGCUGCGCUUCCUGGGCCCGGUCCAGCUCAAGCGCAAGGCGUUUGGCUACACGGUCUACGACGCCAAGGCGGGCAGGCUGCGCAAGCGGCAGCGCGGCGUCUUCCGCACCAACUGCCUCGACUGCCUCGACCGCACCAACGUGGUCCAGGACAUGCUGUCGCAGUCGACGCUCGAGUCGUUUGUCGAGGCGGCCGCCGCGCGCCGCGGCUUCUUUGAGCCUUUCGCCUCGCCGGGUCACCCGCUCUGGACGCACCACCGCGUGCUGUGGGCCGAAAACGGCGACGCCCUCUCCAAGAUCUACGCCGGCACGGGCGCGCUCAACACGAGCUUCACCCGCAGCGGCAAAAAGACGCUCGGCGGCCUGCUCAGCGACGCCGCCAAGAGCGCCGGCAGGAUGUACAUCAACAACUUCCAGGACAAGGGCAAGCAGAACGUCAUCGACGCGCUGCUUGGCAACAUGGCCGACCAGCGGCCCGUGACGGUGUUUGACCCGAUCGUCGACAGCGUCUCGGCCGAGCUGUCGGCGCGGAUCGACGAGUACUCGAGCAGCCGCACCGUGUCGAUCUUUGCCGGCACGUUCAACCUCAACGGCCAGCCGCCCGGCGAGUCGCUGCUGCCCUGGCUCUUUCCGGGCGGCGGCGGCGACGACGACGAGCCGGACCUGUUUGCCAUCGGCUUCCAAGAGAUUGUCCAGCUGACGCCGCAGCAGAUCCUCAUGACGGAUCCGGACAAGAUCCGGCAGUGGGAGGCCAAGCUUGUCGACACGCUGUCGCGCCGACCGCGGAAACGGAGCGACUACGUGCUGCUGCGGAGCGAGCAGCUGGUGGGCACGGCGCUCAUUGUGCUGGCCAAGGAGGCGCUGGUGCACGACAUCCGGCAGGUCGAGGCGGCGACCAAAAAGACGGGCCUCAAGGGCAUGAGCGGCAACAAGGGCGGCGUGGCCAUCCGGCUCAACCUGUGCGACACGUCCAUCUGCCUCGUCACGGCCCACUUUGCCGCGGGCCACACCAACUACGAGGAGCGCAACGCCGACUACUGGACCAUUACGCGUGGGCUGAGCUUCGGGCGCGGGCGCAGCAUCGCGUCGCACGACGUCGUGCUGUGGCUGGGCGACUUCAACUACCGCAUCGACCUGGCCAACGACGCCGUGCGGGCGCUGGCGGCCCGCGAGGAUUUCGCCGCCCUCUACCCGCGCGACCAGCUGGCGCGCUCGCGCGAGGCCGGCGCCGUGUUUCCCGGUUACGAGGAAGGGCUGCUGCUGUUUGCGCCGACGUACAAGUACGACAACGGGUCGACGACGUACGACUCGUCCGAGAAGCAGCGCAUCCCCGCCUGGACGGAUCGCAUCCUCUACCGCGGCGUCGGCGUCGAGCAGCAGAGCUACUACCGCGCCGAGCUCAAGACGAGCGACCACCGCCCCGUCUACUCGUCGUUCAAGGUGCAGGUGCGCACCAUUGAUGAGGCGCACAAGAAUGCCAUCAAGCGCGAGCUCAUGGAGCGGAAAAGGGCCGAGCUCGGCAUCUCGCCCGGCGAUGGAGGUGGCGGUGGCGGCGGCGGCGGCGGCGGCGGCGAAGGAGUCGGUUUCGCCCGCAGCGAUGGGACGGGCAGCGACGCCGAGACGGACGGCGAGGUGCCAGAUCCUUCCGACGAGCACUGGAACUGGUGGGACGGCGGUCGACGCCAUCGCAACGAGGCUGCGCCGGCCGAGGGCGAAGAGUACGACACGGACGGGACUGACUCGCUCGACGACGACGACGGCGAGGAUGAUGACGACGACGAGUACGACGACGAGGAUGGUGAGGAUGGGCCGGAGAGCGAGGCGGGAUGGACGAGCGUCAACCCGUUCCGCCCAUCGACGAGUUCGGCCACGAGGCGCCGACGACCUCCGAAUGUCGGCACCUCUAGCCCUAGCGGUGGCGGUGCAAUCAGACCCCAGGCGGUAGGGGGCUAUACGGCGAGGAAGCCACCACCAGCACCAGCACCAGCGGCUCCACCUCGCAACAUCUCGUCGUCGUCGCCAUCAUCCUCGUCGCUUCUCGCGGCCCAGGCGAAUUCGUCGGCCAUCACCGAAUCGACACCCGCCAAGCCUGCAACCGCGGCGUCCGCCCACGCGUCGGCGGGGGCGGAACGACGAGUCUUUAGCGGUCCCGCAAGCCUACCCGCCUCGUCCUUUAGCGCGCCUCCCUCUGCCACCACCGCGACUGCCAUGACGAUGGCGACGGGCAGCACGGCUUCCGGCAAACCGCCUCCACCCCCCAUCCCCGUCAAACCGUCCAGCGUCGCUGCUGCAUCGACCCCAGCCUCAGCCUCGACACUCCACCCCGGCUCCAGCAGCAGCGGCAGCGGCACGGCCACGACCGCACCCAAAGUCCCCCUUCGCCCGCGGGCGCGCCCCGGUCUUGGGCCCAGGUCGGCCUCGUAUUCUUCCCAGCGCAGCUCGCGGAGCCUGCUCGACGACAGCGACUGA